CAUAAUCAACGAUCAAAUAAUCAAUUGAAGCCACCCACUUAAACAAAUGCCGCUGGUCAUGAUUAACUUAAGUUAAAUGUUUCUAACGUCGUCAUUAGCCGGUAACCGGUAAUUUGAACCAGAUUUUUGAAGCUAACAUUACACACAGUCGAAUAAUGUCGUUUACCAGUUUACCUCUUAUAAUUUAAUAUGAUUAACCCAUUAUCAUAUUACCUUUUUUCAUCGUCUUCUUUUACUCCAUCGGUCAAAUCAAUAUCCAAAUUAACUGAUGAACUUUACAAAUUAUCAAUCUCAUUCGAAUCAUGAUAGUAAAAGGAAAAUGGAAGAUUAUUUCGAUAGCUAAACGUUGAUCCUCCCCUAAUUGGCAGUCCAUACUGGAACCAAGAGACUCUUAUGAAUAGCUAGUUCUUUUGGGACAGGGGACAGAAUGGAAAAAUCGAAAUGAAAAAUGGUAUAAAAGCGUUUCUUGAAUGUUCAAAAUCGUCAGUCGAAUCAUCUUUAUUCAACAAGUAAACAUCUCAGUUUAAUAAACUAAUUCAACAAAACUCAUCAUGAACUCAAUGAUUGUUAUCUGUUUCACCCUUCUUGCUGGUCAAGCUUUGGCCUCAAACUACGGAGCUGGUUCAUACGGUUCAUCAUACGGAGGUGAUGCUUACUCUGCAGGAGCUUCAUACGGUGCUGGUGGUUAUGCUGCUGAUUCCUAUGGAGGUGAUUCAUACGCCCCAAAAGUAAAGAAGGUCAUCAUUGAACGACCAGUCGUCAAACCAGUCUACCUUACCCGAAAGGUUGUCGAAGUCAAGACCAUUGCUGUUCCAAAGCCAUACGUUGUCACCAAGCCACAUCCAGUUCUCGUCACCAAACACGUUCCAGUUGUUGUCAAGAAAUACAUCGCUGUUCCAGUUAAAUCAUACGAGCCAUCAUACUCAGCACCUUCAUACGGUUCAUACUCAUCCGGUGACUCAUGGGGAGGUGACUCAUACGCUCCAUCAUCUUACGGCUCAGACUCUUACGGUUCAUCUGGAUACGGUGAUGAUUCCUAUGGAUCAGACUCAUACUCAUCAGGAGGAUAUGGUGAUGACUACAAAAAGGCUGCUGCCAAGGCUUAAACUACAAGUUUAUCAUUAACUAAUUUCUUAAUCCAUUUGUGUAUAGACAUUCUCUCUCCAUUCUCAAUCUUAAAAUCAUUUCAUCUCAAUUGUUUCUUGCAAUGUUAAUGUACAGAGCAUCCUAAAUCCUAUUUUCCCUGCUUUUUCUUUCAUACAAAUGACUCAAUUUUAUUUGCAUGAAAUGAAAAACUCCCCAUCAACAUCACAAAAUGCUUACAUUUAUAUACAUCUGAAUCAAUUGCUCAAUGACCAUUUACCUGUAAACAAUCAACUUUUCAGCUCAUGAUAAAUGAAAAUAGUUUCAUGCUAUUCAGCCAAAGGUCAAGCCAAUGGCCAAAAUUCAGAAAUAAACAGUUAAAAAUUUA